UAGUAAUAAUAAUAAUGAUAAUAAAUUGUAAUGAUUAUAUAUGCCACCCUUAAAAAGGGGGACGACCUGUCAAAGGGGGGAGUAACCAUGGUGAAAUGUAUGAUGUAUGGCAACAAGUUAUUAUGCUGCUGCUGCUGUUGUUGUCAAGGAAACCAGAUAUAGCAACCGCAAAUUCUGGAGUAUUUCCUUUUUUUUUGUUGGUUGCGCUCAGACACGAUCAAUGUUCCAAUCAGCAACACGCCCAUUACUGCUGCAGCAAAGGUCGUUUGCUACCAGUGUAGCCAUUACAAAAAAUAGCGGAUCAGUCAAGGUCGAUAAGGAUUGUCUGCCUCUCUCAGCGACAUGGUCGAUUCGAUCUCUACUAGCAUCCUCAAACGAUCAACAACAAGCGAGCAUUACGGAUGAACAGUUCAAUCACCUAUUCCGACUCGCUCAGUUGCGACCUCCGGAGAGUCAAAAAGAGCAAGACAAUCUCAAACGGGAUCUGGAACAAAUGGCUCGCUUCACACAACAGAUCCAACAGCUUGCCAUGACGGACGUGGAGCCCUUGGUUCAGUUGUGGGAGGACAAUGUGGGUAUGAUUACACGCUCCGAUAAUGCGCCCACGGAAUCAGGAGAACCACGAGGCCGAGUUUUAUUGCAACACGCUGAGCAAAAGCAGCAUGGCCAUUUUUAUGUGGUGCAGACCAAAGUGUCGGCCGAAGCGGAAUAAAAUCUAAUCUUAAAAAGAGAGAGAACGUGGGGGUGAGAGAGAGAGAGAGAGAGUGAAAUUUCUCUGGUUCGGCUUAUUUUCCU